CGAAUUCCAGGUUGAUGUUUGUGGCGUCAUAUCCGUGGGAAGCAGUUCCUCGGAAAAGCUAACGUUGAAUAAAUUGCUGCGAAAAAGAUAUAAUUUUAGGGGUUGUUUUUAUUUUUUAAGCAGAUGUCAAGAUGAUCCUCACAGUUAAACCUCUCCAGGGGAAGGAGUGUAGCGUUCAGGUUACAGAAAACGAGAAGGUGUCGACGGUGAAAGAACUGGUGUUUGAGCGCUUGAACAUCCCUCCACAUCAGCAGCGACUGCUUUACAAAGGGAAAGCCUUGGCAGAUGAAUACAGGUUGAGCGAUUAUGCCAUCGGCCCAGAGGCCAAGCUGAACCUGGUGGUUCGGCCAACAGGAGAGAGAAACAGUGGCGCCGCUGUCAGCAGUAAGCCCACUACCCCCAGUAGCACCAGUACAGCCAGCAGCAGUGGGAGUGAUGGAAAUGGAGUAUGGCAGUUACUGUCCACUGUCCUGUCCAAACACUUCAGUCCUGCAGAUGCAGCUAAAGUCCAUGAACAGCUCAUUAAGGAUUACGAGCGGUCUCUCAGACAGCUCAGCCUAGACGAUAUCGAGCGUCUGGCUGGACGUCUGCUGCACCCUGAGGCAGAGGGAAUGGAUGCGUCAUACAUGGACUGAGACGAGCUAUAGUGUAUAUACAUAUAUACACACACACACACACACACACACACACACACACACACACACACACACAAACAUGCAUCCACAUACAAAGAGCACACUUUAACAGCAGCAACCUGAUGUUUGGUCCCACGUAUGCGACGAGGACGUUUCAGAUCGACGGGACCAUAACACCGGACUUCAGGUCGGGCCGCGCAUGACCGCGGCUCAGCUCAAAUACUCAACAGAGAAUUCCUUUUCAGUCUUUUUGAACAGUAAUUGAAAUGUUAUGUGCAGCACUUCUAUCCGCACCAUGUUUCCAUUUUCUUGCCUUCAGAUGCAAACGUGACGGCCAGUGUGCUACGUGUUUUUGUUUUUCAUGAUUGGGUUAAGUUCAAGUCGUUGUACUACCCAAGCUGCAUUUUUCUUUUGAGCGUAUAGAAUGUCUCAAAUUGAAAAGAAAAAAAAAAAGGGAUGCAUCUCUUUCGUUGCGUGUUAACAGGAGCUGGAUUAACAUAACCACAACAUGAACGUACAGAUUAAACCUCACGCAUGAACAGAAGUGGUGAUCGAUUUUUUUGCCUGCACUUGAUUACUGUUUUUAACUUGCCCUCAUCAACAACUUUUUAAAGAACCGAGUGUGGCCUGUUACACGGUUUAUCCAGGCUUUGAGGGAUCGAGUCAAUAGAAUUUAAGCUCAGAUUUCCUUUAAAAGCAGCAAAAAUGGGGGAAGGAAAUAGUUGUGAUAUUUGUUACAGCCUUUACUUUACAGUUUACACAACUACACAUCCUGUUGACUAAUUAGCAGGCUGGCUAGUUAGCGUAGCCACAGGCAGGUUGCCAUAGAAAGCAAUUUAUUAUUGAUGUGUAUUUCAACCCUCAUAAAUAAUGGCAUUUUAAAAACAGUAUUGAAAUGCAGAGUUACUUUAAACUCGAAUGAUCCUGUGAUGUUUAUUUUAGGCUUUUCAGUCUACACACGCUGCUUAACGUUAUGUUUCGAUGCUUAACGGACCUAUUUAUGAUAGUCAAGGAGUUAUGUUCAUCACUACUGACCACAAAGUUAGUGCUGGGCCAUGCGCAGGUAAACACUCUGACUUUGUAAAUACUGUUUUAUUAUAAUUAUUAUUAAAAAGGACAACCUUCUUGUGACUGGCUUUUUUCCCCCACUUGACUUAUUGUGUAGCAGUGCGUUUUAUUCCUCUUAUACCACAAUUACAGCUUUUAAUUUAUUAACCGGUCAUUCUUUUUAUACGUUUGUAUUUACAGUCCAUCUCUCGCAAACAUCCGUAAGUUCAGAAUGCAGCUUGUCAUGUUAAAUCAUCGUCCUAAGGACUGUGCCAUGAAGGAAAACUUACUAACACUUUCAAAACUUUGCAAUAAAGAAUUUCUUAGAGUAAACCUCAA